CGCUUCAAUCGCUAUUUAGGAACAUUACUGAGUCUUAGAGUUUAGCAAUUUGCAAUCUCUACACAAUAUGCUGAAAGUUUACACUUGUAUCUUAAAUAAGCACAUGAAAUGGGACUGUUUAUAGCGAAACUAUAUUCUUUGUUUGACGAGUGGGGAAAUAAUCCUGCACGUAUUAUAAUGCUUGGAUUGGAUGCAGCAGGAAAGACAACCGUUUUGUACAAGUUGAAGCUGAACGAGACCGUAUCCACGAUUCCCACGAUCGGGUUUAACGUGGAGACCGUAUCUCCCGUGAAGGGUCUCAAGUUCACCGUCUGGGACAUUGGAGGUCAAUCAAAAAUCAGACCGCUGUGGAGACAGUACUUCAAAGAUGCCGAUGGUCUGAUAUACGUAGUUGACAGCUGUGAUCGGAGCCGGAUGGCGGAGGCCCGGGAAGAAUUGUUCGGCAUCCUCGAAAGUGAAGAAAUGAGGAGCGUCCCCGUCGUCGUCCUCGCUAACAAACAGGAUCUUACAGAUGCGUUGGAACCAUCGGGUAUCAUCGACGCUCUCUGCUUACGUCAGCUGACAGACCGUAAGUGGUAUGUGAAGGGAACUAGUGCUCGCACGGGAGACGGGCUAUUUGAGGGAGUCGAACAGCUGGCCACGCUCGUGAAUGACUUCAAACAGUCAUACAGAUCACCUCCGUAAAAUUUUAAAAUUAUAUAAUUGUAUAUUGAUGUUGUUGCAUGCUAAAAUAACGGUUGUUUUGGGAAAACAAACUCUGUUUCAGUGAACCGCAUGCAUGUUUUAAAAAGUAAGAUUAGCACACAUGAGACUGUCACUCGUGUUAAGACAAUUCUUACUGCUGAUCAUUAAUCCAUAUGUUUUACUAAUUUAUGUGUUUGUUGUUCAGUUGAUGUUUACAGUUUUGUAUGUUUUAUGAUUAAACGUUAAAAAGAACACUUUUCUUAUUUAAUUAGCGUACAUGUAUUACAGUGGUUCCCGAUUGAAACACGUUAUAGAUGUAACAGAUAUAAACUUGUUGUGUGUGAUAUUUCAUCGUUCAGCAUAUCAACAUCAGUAUUAAAUUCAUAAUUAGUCGGAAUAUCUAAAAUGAAACUAGACUGGGCUACGUUACUUAUUAUUAUUUUUUUUUUAAAGUGAAACUAGACUAGGCUACGUUACUUUUCGUAUUUUUUUUAUAUUUUUUGAGAAAUGGAUAGUACAUAUUAAUUAAUGAGAAACGAUAAUGAAUAAA